CAGCAGCUUGAUGUCCCUGCCUCAUUUCUGGCAAACUUGGAACUUCCUCUGGGAGAACAGGAGUUACACCUUCACUUUAAACAAAGGCAGGGCUGUUUGAAGAGAGGAGACUUUCAACACGACCUCAGCAGAGCGCCUUCUUAGUCAGCCACUGGCAGUGGAAGGAAAUGGGCCUUUGUUUGUCUUUGCAGAAUUCCUGAAUGAACAAAAUAAGUGCAGUCAUCGAGCUUCCUCUGUGAACACUAGCCUCGAGUCCAGUUGUAACAUCAGAGCUGGGGCAAAGGCAUGUUAAGUGACUUUCUCAGGGUGACUCAGUAAGACAAAGGGGUCAGUUGAGAAGAAGCAGUAUCCCUUCAUUUAUGCAUGCCUGCUGAGAGAUGCAGCGUCGAAAGGCUCAUGCGGAUGACAGCACCACCUUGAUUGUGGACAAGCCUGACUCAGAUGGUUACUAUGGCAGUCUCGACAGUAAAGAUGACAUUUUUGUACUUGAGGAGAUUAAUAGACAACAAGAAAAUGAGAAAAGCUCCAAGGAAAUGACAAAUUCCAAUGUCUUCAGUGAUGGGAUCACUCGGAUUGAUUUUGUGCUGGUGUGGGAAGUAGACUUAAAGGAGAAAGCUAAGGAAAAAGAUCUUGAUGAACACACAAGACAGAGUGCAUUUGAGACCCAUGAAAAAUGGAGACUAAACUUUCUGAAAAAAUUACGCAAAGGUGGCAUUCGCAUGGAGAAGCAUAUAGUAGAGAAAGAGAAGACGGAGAUUCAUUACAUCCUUCUUAACGCACCAUGGAAUAUUCUGUGUUACUAUGCUGAAGAGCUCAGCAUUCGUGUUCCACUGCAGGUUGUCCCCCACCAUGCAUCAAACUGGUCGGAGAAAAUACUAAAUAAAAUCGGUAUUCCCAACAUCAUGUAUCAGGAUGUCCCAAAUCCUCCACUAGACUUUUACACCUGCCAGUUCAGAGUGAGCAAAUUACAAAGAUUUUUGGGAAGUGAUAACCAAGAAACAUUCUUUAAAAGUACUCAGCGGCACCAGAUACUCUAUGAGAUCCUUGCUCGGACACCCUAUGGAUCCCUAAAGAGAGGAGAAAUUGGAAUUGAUCGCCUGAUCAGUGAAAAGGUCUUCAAUGCUGCCUACCCACUACAUGAUGGUCCAUACCAACUGCCUUCUGGUGAGUUUGAGGCAAAAUCAUUAAACCUGCGUCAAAUUCUCUACCAGUAUUGGGGUCGUUGGAAGUGUUGGAAGAAAUAUCAGCCCUUGGACCACAUUCGGCAAUACUUUGGGGAGAAAAUUGCUCUGUACUUUGCAUGGUUAGGAUUUUACACAGGAUGGCUUCUUCCGGCUGCAGUUGUGGGUACUCUUGUUUUCAUUUUUGGGAUAUUUCUGAUGCUGACUGACGUUCCCGCCGAGGAGGUGUGUGAGAGUGGAGAUAAGUAUAUCAUGUGUCCAUUGUGUAACAUCUGUGGCUACUGGAAUCUCUCUAGCAUCUGCACCACUUUCAAGGCAGGCCAGCUCUUUGACUAUGGUGGAACUGUAUUUUUCAGUAUUUUUAUGUCUCUUUGGGCUGUUACGUUUCUGGAAUACUGGAAACGGACCAAUGCUAUACUAGCACAUCACUGGGACUGCUCUGAGUUUGAAGAAACUGAGGAGCGUCCCCGACCAGAAUUCACUGCCAUGGCACCAAUGACUAUGAGAAAUCCCGUGACAGGUGCUGAGGAGCCAUAUUUCUCAGAGCGGAGUCGGAUGAACCGAACCAUUACUGGCUGCAUGGUCAUAAUUAUAAUGGUCACUGUUGUGUUGAUGUUUCUAAUUGCAAUCAUCUUGUACCGGACUAUCCUUGGAAUUAUUAUCUAUAAGUCCAAAAAUGACUUCUUUGUCUCUUGGGCAGGGAGAAUUGCUAGUAUUACAGGCUCAGUGCUUAAUCUGCUAGUCAUCAUGCUUCUCUCCAAACUUUAUACCUCACUGGCACAUGUCCUGACUAGAUGGGAGAUGCACAGAACUCAGACUAAAUAUGAAAAUGCCUUCAUUUUAAAAGUUUUCAUAUUCCAGUUCAUCAAUUUCUACUCCUCUCCUAUCUACAUUGCCUUUUUUAAAGGCAGGUUUAUUGGCUACCCUGGGCAUUACUACACAUUAUUUGGAAUCCGUAAUGAGGAUUGUGGAGCAGGAGGAUGUCUCAUUGAAUUAGCUCAAGAACUGCUUAUCAUCAUGGGUGGAAAGCAAGUCAUCAACAAUGUGCAAGAGUUUGUUGUGCCAAAGCUCAAAGGCUGGUGGCAAAAGCAGAAAAUGAAAACAAGAAAAGGUGGUGAAACUUCUGAUGUGUACCUUCAGCCUUGGGAGGCCGAUUACCAGCUGCUGGUGUGUGAGGGGCUUUUUGACGAGUACCUAGAGAUGGUUUUACAGUUUGGUUUCAUUACCAUUUUUGUUGCUGCUUGCCCCAUCGCUCCUUUGUUUGCUCUUCUAAAUAACUGGGUUGAAAUUAGACUGGAUGCACAGAAAUUUGUUUGUGAAUAUCGACGACCUGUGGUGGAAAGAGCCCAGAGCAUUGGAAUUUGGUUCCAGAUCUUGGAGGUCAUCACUUACCUCGCUGUCAUCAGCAAUGCUUUUCUGAUUGCAUUCACAUCUGACUUCCUGCCACGUCUCUAUUACCGCUACAACAACAAUGGUAGCCUUCAUGGAUACAUCAACUUUACUCUCGCCUAUGCCUCCCAGGAGCAUGUUAUGUGCAGGUACAGGGAAUACAGAGAUCUGAAUGGAAACCACUCUCCAACUUUUUUCAACCUGCUGGCAAUUCGGCUUGGAUUUGUUAUCAUUUUUGAGCAUGUUGUAUUUUUCAUUGGACGGAUGAUUGACCUACUGGUACCAGACAUACCAGAAGAAGUGGAGAUCAAGGUGAAAAGAGAACAUUACAUGGCCAAGGAAGCACUGGCCGAGAAUCAGGCCUUGGGGGCGGCUCUCCUUGACGAAACAGAUGCCCAACCUGAAGUCAAAAUUAGAAGUGAAGAGAAACAGAAAGAUGACUUGGCUGAUUAUGGAUUGCAGUCUAUAAUCCCACAAGACCAGAAAUUACCACCAUCACAAUCCUGACAUUCCAAAGAUUAACCGCCUGACAAGCUGUCCUUUGCUAGCAUUUUAUAUGUGUCCUUGAAACAUGUGAACAACACU